AUGCUUAGAGCAGAUAUGGGAACAGAAAAUGGUAUCGUAGAAAAUAUUCAGUGCAUAUUAAAAACAGAAUCCUCCAAUUUUGGUCUUCAAGAGCAAAACGCACCCGCUUUUAUAUAUGGUACUAGCCCGGCGAAUCAAAGAAUAGAAGCAUGGUGGGCUAUUUUACGCAAACAUCAUGCUCAAUUUUGGUUAAAUAUGUUUAAUCAGUUGAAAGAUGAUGGUUUGUUCGACGGAUCAUUGCUGGACAAAUCACUAACUCAGCUUUGUUUUCCAAAAUUAAUUCAGGAAGAAUUAGAUAUCGUCGUUGAAGAGUGGAACUUUCAUCGGAUUGCUGGGUCAAGAAAUCGCAUAGCACCAAGGGGACGUCCUUUUUUAAUGUACUACAUGCCUCAAAUAUAUGGAACUUAUGACUAUUUAUGCAGAGUAAAUCACCAUGGUUUAGGGGAUUUUCCCACCCCAUCCAAGAUUGAUGAACCUUGCGAUAUAGAUAUAUUUGAGCUAGCGUCUAUAAUAAGGUCCGAAACUGGAUUGACCUUAACCAGGGAUCCUAGCAAAGCUAUCGAAUUAUACAUCUAUUUAAGAUCACAAAUUCAAUCGCUAUAUUAUAACUCAUUUAUCAACUGUAAUAAAACGCAUAACAUUUCAAUAAAAUUUCAUAAUUUUUUUUUAUUUUUCUUUCCUACCGUAAAGUGCCAAAACUGUUCGAACUACAGUUUUAAUAUGUCUAUGGUUUUAAUAGUUAUUUGUUUAUUAAGAGCGCAAAACAUGCCUUUUUCGAUUUAG